UUUAUUACUUUUAUGACCACUAGGCGCUCUACCAACUUCCGGGACAACGCUUACUUUACCUCACCAUUACUACAACACUUUCAUCUCAACCAGUGAAUGCUCUUUCCUGUAAUCUUCACCAUGGGAACGACUUCUGUCCGCCGCAAUCUCUUUCACCAUCAUCUCAGCAGACGCCCUGGCUCGGUGGCUCCUUCUAGCUCCUCUGCGCAGAGCAGUGCUACUCACGGGGUCCCGGUUCAAUCCGCGCAGAUGGCACCCUCGAUGUCCUCGGACUCAGCCUCGUCCUUGAGUUCCGGCCCCGUCGAUGGGGGGGAAAUUGUGGCCCGAGACAAGAACGGUGGCUACAAGCUCGACAUUCCGGUUCCCCCCGCUUUGAUUGGCAAUGGGGGUGAUGAAAUGGAGGGUAUAGAAGACGUAGGUGCCCAGGGCGGUUCCGGGGCCGCAACAAUCGAUGCUACAAACCAGACCGAUAUCUCAAGACGAGAGAAAGAGAAGAUCGAAGCCAGUUUGUCUGAAAUGUAUCGAAACAAGAGCAGGCGUAUGAGUAGUGAGCCAGCUGAAAUCUUGACGCUUAUCCAGCAGAGCCUUCGUAACAAAGUUGCCGCUUUGGAGGAAGAUAAUUGGAUGUACGAACCCGAGGUCGACUCCAGUAUCUAGAAUCUUCACGGUGGUUACAUGCCUUAUGCCUAUCAUUACGCCUAUCAUGACGCUUGGU